UCCAAGAUGGCGGCGGGAGAGGGUCAGCAGCUGCUUCUGGUGGAAAAGCAAGGUCUCUGGGCUAUGCAGUGUCUGUCUCCAGCAAGAAAGUGAGGUUUCAAACACAGACCUACAAACCGACAACAUUCUCUGUCAUGGAGCACAUCAACCUCAUCACUUUUACCCGAGCCAAAGAGAAAACCGAUACCUGGGAAAACGGGGAACGUCGGGAAUCUCCACCGGUCGGCCCCGGGGUUGAAGCUUUGACCGGAGAUGAGGUGAAAACUUUCUAUGAGAGCCUGAUUGCGGCGGAUGGUGAGGCAGGUCCAAGUUCCGGUCGGAAGCGUCGAGUUAUUCGGCCGAAGUCACGGCCAGAAAGGGCCGAUGGGCAGAGUGGUGGAAGGAGCCAGCCUGCCGUGUCAGAGAGGAACGGGCACCUCCUCUUAAAGUGUGCUCAGGACGGGGACCUGAAAACCCUUCGCAGGCUGCUGGAGACGGCAGUGUGCGAUAUCAACUUCCGGGACAGUUACUACUGGACUGCCACCAUGUGUGCAGCGUACAGUGGGCAGGCUGAGGUGGUGAAGUACUUACUGAACCGUGGCGCAGCGUGGAUCGGAGUCUGCGAUUCCACAGGCCAAGAUGCGUUGGAUCUGGCCAGGCAGGCUGGCCACGCAGAGAUCAUCACAACGCUUGAAGAAUUUCAUACUCACCGGGAAGAGUGGCAAGAGCCAAGGGAGAAGCCGCAGCAAAAGAAAUUCUGCCAGAUUUGUGAUGUGCAGUACGAGGAGGACAGCGUUGAACAGCACGAGAGGUCAACAUUACACUUGUUCAACAAGAAAGGUAGGCCAGUGACAACUCACUACUUCAUCCCAGAAACCAACGUCGGCUUCAAACUGAUGCUGAAGGAAGGUUGGGAUAGGGAGACCGGACUGGGGCCUGCUGGAAAGGGACAGAAGUUUCCGGUAAAGACCGUGCUGAAGCGAGAUCAGAGAGGUCUCGGGUUCCAGAGCGAUUUGAAACCGAAAGUCACCCACUUUGCCGCCAACGAUUGUGACGCAGUGAAGCGAGCGAAGACCCCGAGCAGGCGAGUCCAAAGGGCUGCUACGGUCAGCAGGAGAGAGGAACGCAGGCGACUGGCUAGGGAGAAAACCUGGGAGAAAGAUCUGAGAACUUACAUGAACCUCUAAGACCGGACUUUGGGGUGUGUCAGUUUACAAAGUGCAUUGGGAAGGGUUUGGCGUUUGCUCACAGUGUUACGGGCGUGGUGCAUGUUUCUCCCCUGGGUCGCGGUGUUACUCACCCAGACUGGCUGACACUGUGAGGCAGUGACGAGGGAGUGCUGCUUUGCUUUGUUGGUGACACCAUCCUGUGGCCAAAACGUUCAAACCCAAGGGGGGUGUGUGUGUGUGUGUACGCGCGUGUGUGCGUGCGCGUGUGUGUGCGUGUGUGGGGCAGGGAGUGCUCCGUUUCCUGGGGGUUCAUCAGACGUUUCAGUCAACUGCCUGACGUUCUCGCUGCUGCCAUCCUCCUGGCUGAGGGGAAUGUUAUUUCACGGUGAACCAGGUGUCCCUCGGUGAGGUAAAACACUGCAGUAUCAGCCUGAAACGUUGGCUCAGUUUCUGUCCACCUGCACUUCACAUUUCCAGCAUUUGGUCUGUCAGGCGAGAGUGGAGUCACCCUGUGCCUCUUGAACGAUGAGUAAGCCACUCCCGUGGUCUCCGGCUGAAGACCGAUCUAUUCCCAGUGGAGGUGCUGUUACACCCCAAUAUACACCGAUGAAUAAAUACGGCAGAAAAGCAGCUGAUUGGGAGUGAUUUUGCAGCAACCAACUCUCAGGCCAUCUCCUCUUCAGUGACAGACCACAGUACUCUGCGCAAUGUAAGGCACAUGUUGGCCCUGCUCUCACACUCUAUCCCUCAGGGUCUGCCAUCCUCCUGGAUCCCAUUCCCUGGAGCCCCACCUCUCUGUAAUUAAAAGCCGAUGACUGGGGAAGCUGUACCCAAGUGUAGCGACAAAAUCCGCUCCAAUUCUAGGCCAAUCCGGCAGCAUCGUGGAGAGGAAAGGGUUUCACUUGAAUAUGUUCCCAGCUUGGAGUCAACGUGAAACCCAGGAGGCUGCAGGAGCUGCUGGGUUAGUGCUGUAUCUGACAACAGUCUGAAUCGACACACUGACCAGCAGCAGUUUCACAACAGCCUGAAUUAAAACUGUAACCCCUUGUAUAA